AUGCUGGAAUAUGGAAUAAACGUAAAACUGUUGGUUGACAAUGGUUCAUCGGCAACUCUGCUAUCAAACCGUAUUUAUUCCUCCAUAGAAGCAAGCAAAAGACCAGAAUUACACCACAUAAGUAAUACAAUGCAAGGUGCUAAUGGCCAUGGCAUUGAGCUAUACGGGAGAAUACGUGUCACACUAAGGUUGGGUGACAGUUCCUUUGACACUCAUGCUAUCGUAUGUGAUAUUGUCCCAGAUGGCAUACUUGGUCAGGAUUUCUUGCUACGUCAUGCUUCUAAUAUCGAUUACGAUAAAACAACCAUUUUUACUGAUCGCACUCCCAUCAAUUGCUGGGUUGGUGGCGAAGCCCAAACAAGAUGUAGAGUCCUCACCACUAGUGAAGUGCAAAUACCUCCAAUAUCUUUGGUUAGGACUCCUAUUCAGAUAGAAAAUGCCGAGACUUUAUCAGACCUUGCUCUUAUGUGUUCAUCUAAAUCACUUUUAUCUGGAAAAUCCACUAUAGCUGUUGAAGGUGUUAUACAGCCAUACAAUAAAAGUCCUGGCAUCUGCCUUGUAAAUACAAGUGAAAAAGAAGUAAAGAUACCUCAAAAUGUGCCUAUCGGUUUUUGUGAAUCGUACAAUGAAGCAAAGCCAACAGCAACGUAUACCAGUAGAGUUACAAAUGUAAGUCCUUCAGGGGGGAACCUUGAGGUUCCUGAACAUCUUAAAGACUUGUAUGAAAGAAGUGUAACUGAUCUCACUGAAGAGCAAGCUGUAAAGUUAUCUGAGUUGUUGAUAAAAUAUCAAGACGUAUUUGCAAAAUCCCCUGAAGAUCUGGGACGGAACAACUCCGUUUUACAUAAAAUAAACACAGGGCAAGCAAAACCGAUACGCCAACCACCAAGACGACAACCAAUUGGUAUAAGGGACACAGAGAAAGAAGAGGUUUACAAGAUGCUUGAUAGAGGGGUAAUUGAACAAUCGAAAAGUAGCUGGUCCUCACCAAUAGUCCUUGUGACCAAGAAGGACAACUCAACUUGCUUCUGUGUGGACUAUAGACGUUUGAAUGACGUCACUGAAAAAGGAUGCCUACCCAAUACCACGGGUUGA